UUCGAUUUUUGCCGCGCUCGUUCAGCUUCAGUACGUCGUUCACAUUUAAUCCGUUCGGUGCUUUUUGACUGUUUGGAACCUUUUUAAUAAUUACGUUGAAACGUUGUUGAUUCUUAUUAAAUAUUGUUUUGUUGAAUCUGAGGACGAACAAAAACAAAAACAACUCCCAAUCAAAGUCAAGGAAACCAAACAUAUGGCAAGACAACUCUAGGACAAACAACAAAAAAGGAAUACCUAAAAAAACCAACAAAAAACAAAUUAAAAAAGAAAACAACAAAUCGCGAAAACAACAACAAAAAAGGAACUUAUGUGCAAUCGUUUUGUUUUUGUAUUAACUUAAUUAAUUAACUAAAUAAUUUGUAAAUAACUAAUAAUUUAAGUUAAUUUUAGUUUGCUUUGGUUUCUUAUAAAUGCGUUCAAACUAACGAAAGAGGAAAACCAAAAAAAAAAACAACGGUAAAUCAAAAAAUUACAAAUUUUUCAAAUAAAAAGAACGCUCAGUUUCAUUACAUUCAGUUACAAAUACAACAAAAAAGUGAUUUUCUGUUAGUUUCUCAAAAUUUAACAAACAAAAUUUACAACAAAAUUUGGAUUACAACUACAACAACUACAACAACAACAACUGCAACCACAACAACCCCAAAAUAAAUAAAACUAAAAACAAAAUAAUAACAAUAAUAAUAAAAAAGCAACAAAUAUAAACCAACAAACACACAACACAACUACAACAACAACUAAAAACAAACUACAGCUACAAUCGCAACAACCAAUAACAAGGAUAACAAAACGCAACUACAACUACUACUACAGCAGCAAUAAAAUAAUAACAGUAACAAUAAUAAAAGCAACAACAAACAACCUACAACAGCAACAACAACAAAAAUAAAUAUAAUAUAUACAAACUUAACAAGCAAACAACUAAUAAAAGUUUAUAAAUAAAUAAAUCCGCAACUAAGCAAUAAACCAAACCAACUCCCCCCAAAAACAAAACACAACAACAAUAACAUAGUAACCAACGAAAAGCAAGCAGCAGCAACAAAAGUAAAAACCACGUAGAAAUCAUUUGGCAAAAGCAACAAUUACAAAAUUUAAGCAGUUAAAACAACAACAACAACAAUAACAGUAAUAGUAACAACAACAAUAGCAACAGUAACAGCAACAACAACCGAAAAAACCGCAAUAGUAAAUAGUAACGAACAAAAUAAAUGCAAUAAAACAAGAACAACCACAACAAAUACAAAUAUUUAAUUAAAUAAUAAUUAAACUAAAUAAAGCAGAAUUUCUAAACAAAAAGCAUAAAUAAUAAUACAGCGCAGAUACCGUUAAAAACCCGUGAAAUAGCAUACAAUACAAGCGAACCCAAAACUAAAACAAACAACAACAAAAAAUAGUCUCAAAAUUUGCAACAAUAAAACGAAUUAACGGCAACAAUUAAUAAAACAAAUCAAACAACAACAACAACAGUAAGAAAAACAGUGCAAAAAAAAAAACAAAAAACUACAACAGCAGCAACAAACAAACCGGUUAACCAGCAAAUCAAACAAAAAAUAAAAUAAACAGGAAAAAAAUAGCAAAUCGAAAUAGCCAAAAUUUGUUAAAUUUUUAAACAAAAUUUCAAUUCUGGACGCAAAUUGUAAGAAAUUUGAACAUUUUAAUGAAAAACUUUUAGUUCGGUAAUUUUUCGUGUUUAAAAUUUUGUUCUGAACUGUUCUGAACACGAGUGUCAAAAAAGCCAAAAACAACAACAACAAAAAAAAAACAACAAACAUAUGUGAAGAACAACAAAAAUUUAAGAGCUAAAAGCGUAAAUAAUGAACAAAAAAGCUUGAAAGCAAAAAGUUUGUAUGCAAAAAAUUGCCCAAAAGAGAAUAACAAGCGAAUAGUGUUGGCCAAAAUAAAUAAAUAAAAAUAUAUAAAAAAUAUAUUUCUUCCGAGUGUUGAAAACCAGCGUGAAAAGUGUACGCUUUGAUAGCGGUGCAUAUAGUGAGAACACAAGAAAAAACAAAUUUUCGAACGGUUUUGCGUCGAAAACGCGCGGUAAGAAACUUUUUUUUUAAACAAAAGCCGUUUCGAAAGUUUGCACGGCGCUUUUCAGCACACAGAAAACGCUAUUUCGAAAGCGUACGGUAUCAAUAGUUUAGCGCGGUCAAAAGCGUUUUUUAAAAAGCUUUUAAAGACCGGUUGCCAGCGUUUAAAAGUGCAAGUGCUUAAGCACAGCUGCGUGAAAAAGUGAAAUCAAACGCAAUUAGUGCAACAAACAACACAGUUGCCAGUAUUAUACCGAAACAAAUUGCUUGAAAGCAAAUUUAUAGAAAACUAUAAAAGUCUUGUAUACAAAACAAAAAAACUUUUUGCAAAAAAAUUUUGGACACAAAUUUUUAGCGUUAGUUAAAAGUCAUGGAUUCUCUGUGCGAAAAAACCAAAUGAAAAUUGCAUAAAAUAAACACACACUCACCCACAAAAAAAAAUUAAAGAAAUAUACAAAAAUUUUAUUAAUGUAUUGUGGCACAAAAUAAAAUAAAAAACACAAAAAUAGUUUCGGAACAAAAAACAAAAAUAAAUAUUCCAUUUGUAUGCGUAAACUAUUAACGAAACACAAAAAUAAUAAUAUUUCAUGAAUUAUAACUAUGUCAAAUCAUAAUAGCGGCAAGCAAACAUAAAUAAGUAGUAGUCGAGUUUUUCAUAUAGAAUUGUGCGCGAAAAAAUUACUAUUUCAAAAGUCUAAAACUGGCGUAACAACAAAAAGAAAAUCCAGAAAAUUAAAGCUACAAAUUGCGGCAACUUUUUCGAACGGAUUUAAAAAGUAAACAAAACAGCACACAUUUGCACAUAAAAAUAUACAAAAUAUUUUGGCAACAAAAAUAUAUCAAAUCAAUAUCAACUGCAACAGAGGAGUCUACGGAAUAGAUCGAACAACGCUGCACCGUCUACACUUGUGAAACAAUAUUGUCCAGCACGGUGUGGGACACAGUUUUGUACCAGCAGACAACAACUACAAACUGGCAAGCGGUUUUAAAUUCCAAAAACAACAACGAAAUUUGAAGAAAAUUUCAUGAAAAGCGAGAGAUUUUAACUUUAGAUACAAAAACACAGCAAUUUUGGACUAAGAUUAAAGAUUUUUUAGCGAGAGAACAUAAAGAAAUAACAAUUAGAGUGUAAAGGCAAAUAAAAUAAAAAUAUAAACACAAAAAUCAUAAAACAAAAACAACAGAGCAUUAAAUUUAAUAUAAAACAAAAACAACGUUUGAGGAGAAAGUCAUUAAAACGCGUGAAUAAGAAAAUAACACCUGGCAAUAAAAGCUAAAAACCCCACAAAAUAUGAGUAACCCCUUGAAAGCAACAAACACAACAACAACAGUAACAAGUAAGCACAGCAAGCAGCUGUAUUGAAGCAGGCAGUGCUACAAAGAGAGAACGGCGAAUCACAGCCAAUGAAGAGCAAUAUUUAAAACAAGAAAUACAACAAAAACAAUAUCAGCAAAGUUGGAGCAGCUGAGCAGUUAAAGUAUACUGAAUGAAAACGGUCAAAAUGGGCUUUGAAGAGCAAUAACAACAAGAAGUGUAAUUCUAACACUAAAAUUUACCGUUAAAAUAACAAAAUCAACGCCAAAGGAGUUAAGCGCUCCACAGGAAACAGAAACUCCCAGCAGCUUUAGAAAAAACCGCGCUUUAAUACAUUACACCACGUAGGGCGGAGCAACAAUCACAAUACACACACACUCACACACUCCUUCCUCCAGCGACAUGGCGAUCAAUUUCUCCGCAUCCUUUGCGGCUUGCAUCGCCGCUGGACUGAAGGUACCGCGACAAAUAAUGUAUUGCAUCACGCAAGACACCGGCCAGCCCUAUGUGCUGUACAAGGACUCACAGGAUGGCGAACGCAAUCCGGCCGCGAUUGGCGGUUCGGCCGCGCAGUGGGGCAGCGAAAUGUAUCCGGGCAUACAGCAGCAGGCACAGCAACAUUUGCAAGCGCAACAACAACAAAAUGGACAAAACCCAGCCGCACAGAUAGCGAGCGCCGCGCAAGCAGCCGCCGCGGCGGUGGCGCAACAACAACAACAGCAGCAGCAGCAACAACAAGGCCAACAGCCGCAAAGCCCCACGGGCGAUCCGCGCGAGAAUGGCGGCGAUGGCGUGGGACGGCAGCAGGGCUCACCCUCGACGAGUCCAUAUCCGCCGCAGCAGCGCGUCAACGGCGGCGGCCCACCCGACGAUGAUGUCACCAUGAAUCAGGUCGCCAACCUGCAGGCCAGCCAACAGCAGAACUCGGCGCAAUCCAAUCCAAACCAAAGCAACAAUGACCCGCAACAACACCAGAGCACGGGCCGCGAUGGCGGCGCGGGGAAUCCACAGCAACAGCACGUACAGAAUGGCGGUCCGACGCAACCGGGCCAACCUAACGAUAACUUCCAAACACCGCAGGGCGGUGAACUCGGCGGCUACUAUGCGCCACGUCAUCCAGCGCCGCAAGGCGCCAUGCUGCCGCCACCCGGCUUCCCAGCAUUACACUAUCUCAAUAAACCGGUGUUGCCCGGCAUGGCGAACGCCAUGGAACAGAAUGGCGGUCUCGAGGGCUACGCCAUGCCCGAGCUGCUGCCAGGCGGCGCCGGCGGCGGUGGUGAUCAGCAAGGCAAUAAUGGUCCGCAGAACGGCGGCGCUGGCGGUAAUGGCGGCAAUGCACACAACAGCGGCGCAAAUGGCAGCGGUGGGGGUGAAGGUGCAGUCGGCGCUGCAGGUGGCGCCGGCAAUGGCAAUGGCGCUGGCACUGGCACGGGUGGUGCUGGUGGUACGGGCACAGGUACUGGCACCGGCAGUGGACGCGGUCGCCAUCCAAAUCCGAAUAAACCGCCAAAACCGCACAGCGAUUUGCGUUUGUUCAAGUGUUUGACCUGCGGCAAGGAUUUCAAACAGAAGAGCACACUACUGCAGCACGAUCGUAUACAUACCGAUGCGCGUCCGUAUCCAUGUUCGGAGUGUGGCAAACGUUUCCGUCAACAAUCGCAUCUGACACAACAUUUACGUAUACAUGCCAAUGAGAAACCGUUCACGUGCGGCUAUUGUUCGCGCAGCUUCCGUCAGCGGGCGAUACUCAACCAACAUAUACGCAUCCAUUCGGGUGAGAAGCCCUACGCAUGCCCAGAGUGCGGCAAGCACUUUCGCCAGAAGGCCAUCCUCAAUCAACAUGUGCGCACCCACCAAGAUGUCUCACCGAAUCUUAUCUUCAAGAAUGGCCCACAUCCGACACUGUGGCCACAGGAUGUACCAUAUCCGGGUGAUGAGACUGAUACGAAGAAUGAUAUAGCCGGUGGUAGCGGUUAUCAUGACGAGGAUUCACAGGGUACGCCAGACGGCAGCGGCGGUAUACAUUAUCCGUCAUACUUUAAGGACAGCAAAGGUAAUAAGAACUGGCAAAAGAUCUUGCCAGAUGUGCUGCAGCAUAUCGGCGUGCGGCCAGCCAACAUGCCGCUCUACGUGCGUUGUCCCAUCUGUGACAAGGAGUUCAAGCAGAAGACGACACUGCUGCAACACGGCUGCAUACACAUCGAGUCGCGCCCGUAUCCGUGCCCCGAGUGCGGCAAACGCUUCCGACAGCAGUCGCACCUAACGCAACAUUUACGAAUACACACGAAUGAGAAGCCGUUCGGUUGUUUGUAUUGUCCGCGUUUCUUCCGACAGCGCACCAUACUGAAUCAGCAUAUUCGUAUACACACCGGCGAGAAGCCGUACAAAUGCGCGCAAUGCGGUAAAGACUUCCGUCAGAAGGCCAUACUGGAUCAGCACACACGCACGCACCAGGUAGGUGAUCGUCCAUUCUGCUGCCCAAUGCCAAAUUGCCGACGUCGCUUUGCCACCGAGAACGAGGUGACCAAACACAUCGACAACCACAUGAAUCCGAACACGACAAAACGGCCACGUCAAAGCAACACGAAUAAUCCGAAUGCGGCCAAUGCCAACAAUCCGAAUGCCAACAGUCAUGCGGCCGCCGCCGCCGCCGCAGCCGCUGCCAAUCAUCUGAUGAACGAGACCAAGAAUGCGGCACAACAAUUCCUCAACAACAAUAAUCCGGCUGCGGCUGGUGGCGACAAUAAAGCGAAUAUUUUGCCACGCGCCAUGGCGGCCGUACAGAAUGCGGCCGUGCAACAGUCGGUCGUCAAGAAUGAAUUGUACUUCCCGCAGUGUUAUGGACCGCCGUUCCAGCAAACGUUUCAGACGCAGGGACAGCCCACAGCGGCGCAUAGUGGUGGCGCCGCCUCACAGCCCCCCGUCAAUGUGACGGUGCCGAAUUCGGUGGCGCCCGGUGUGGUGGUGCAACAGAACACGCCCACAUCGGUGGUGGCUCAGUGACAUCCCACCACUGCGACAGCAGCCGCUGCAGCAGCGGCGGCCGUGGCGGCAGCAGCAGCAGCCAAUAAUGCCGGCACACAGCAAGGUGGCGGUGGAGGAGGCGGCGUCGGUGUCGUGGUGCCGACAUCAGCACAAAGUGCAACAAACAACAGCGCUGCGGCGCAACAACAGCAAAAUCAACAACAACAACAGCAGCAGCUGCAACACCAGCACGCGCAACAUGGCCUAUCACCGCCACAAACAGUUACACUCUCCAUCACAUUGCCACCGGUGGCGCCACUGCCGAGCGCUGCCGCCGCAGCAGCAGCCGCAGCGGCCGCUGCAGUCGCGCAUCAUCCCGUGCAGGCGCAUCAGGCAUCGCAUGUGGGCGGCGGCGCCAAUCUAUGCGGGCCGCCCACACAUCUGCCGCCAGCGCAUAGCGGCGGUGGAGGUGGCGCCUUAGGCGUUCAACCACCACCGCCACCACCACCACACACACUGUCACACGCUAUUCCUAUACAUCCCCAUAUACACUCAAUAUUCGGAUCUCUAUGAUGUCAUCAAGCAGCAGCCUAAUUGUAUGAAGAAUACGAGUAUAAUUGAGAAGCCAACAAAAAAACUAUAAACAAUAAAAACAAUAACAAUUAUGUAAGAAAACAAAAACAUCAAUGUAUGCGCAGUAAAGGAAGAAUGCAUAACAUUCAUAUAACAAUAACGGUACAACUAGGAAACCACUCAAACAACAGCAAAGCGCACUCAAACUGACAGCUGUUGAGCGUGCGCUGCAGCUGAACAUGAAUCGCGCACUCGCACGUACCAUAUAUAGGCCUGUAGCGUUUGAAAAUUAAAACGAACAACAUUUAGUUGAAGCACUACUACAUAUGCAAUUAAUUUACCGUUAUUAAUUAUAUGUUUUUGUUAACGAGUGAAAAUAGUAAAACACGCGCGCGGCAGUCGGUGUAACUUUGCGUAAAAAAUUCUCUGAAAUUUUUGAAUUUUGAAAAAAAAAAAGUUACCGUUAUAAUACAAAGCAUAUAAAAAAGGCGCUCAAUGCUUGUGUGUAUUAGGCGCUAGCACUAGCACUACCAAUUCACCUUUUUAUACUUAUACUCCCCUUUUUCAAUACUACAACUUAAGUACGCGCGUACAGUGUGCGCGAAAACUGCGCGGACAGACUUACUUUACACACUACGUUUACAUAUUAGACACACAACGUUCUUUAAACUAUGCCGUAAUUAUUUUUUAAUUUUUUUUUUAAGUUUUUUUUCAAAUUUUUAUUUAACAGCAAGAAAUGUGAAAGGAAAUUGCAGAAAAAUGCAAAAAAAAAAUAUUUUUUAAUUUAAUUGUUAAGUAUUAUUUCUCUUCUAAAUAGGCCUGCUUAUAACUGCAUAUACAUAUAUACAUAUAUCUACCACUUUUACUUAUAAAUAUUAACUGUAAUUUCAAUAUAAUUUCUUAUGCACUUAAUUUUGUAAGCGAAAAUUAAGUUAGCGGAAGUGAGCGAGGCGUGUGCGCAAAAACAACAAAAACAGCAAAGCAAAUUUUAAUUGUAGUAAUAAUUUUAAUAUGAAAUCUAACGUUACUAUAUCUAUAUAUAUAUAAACAUAUAUUAUUUCUCAUCUACACACCUACCACUACACGUACAUAUACUCACCACACUGUCAACACACACACACAUUAAUUCUUCUUAUGAUUAUUAUUGAAAGCUUGUGAAAGCUUCGAAAAGCAGUGUGUUUCAUCCAUACAUACAUACCUAUUAUAAAUGCAUACAUACACAUACAUGUAUAAAUAUGUAGUUUUUAGCCCGUAUAACCACAACAAAAGUCUUUUCGAAAAGGACUCUAAACUUUGACUAGUUAUGAGCGAAAGUUUUUAAAACGUUUUUAAAAAGCCAAUACAGAUACAAACAAGCAAUAGCCCAAACAGAAUGCAAUAAUAGCAUAAAACAGUUAACGAAAUGGAUAAACCGAAAUGUGAGUAAGUGAAAUUUGGUGCCGUGAAGCUUUUAAGCUUCGAAAAGCUGCCCUUAAAGCUUGUGAACCUAAAAAGCAGAAUUAAAAAAAGUCACAAAAUUUUGGAAAAUAAAAAAAUUGUGAGAAUUUUUGUGUAAACUUUCAAGCUUUUAAGCUUCAGAAAAGCUGCGAAGAACUUUAUUAAAGUUUUCUAAUAAAAUAUAAAAGCGAAAUUUUUUUAAAUAAAAAAUUUGUAAACAUUUUCAAAAAGCUUCGUGCAAACUUUUAAGUUUCAACAAAGCUGGGAAGGACUUAAUUAAAGCGAUUAUCUGAAAUGAUUUCCAUUAAACUUGGACCGUAAAAAUAGUUAAAAUAAUUAAUUAAAAAAAAAAAUGUCUGCAAACUUUUAAGCUUUCAAAGGCGUCCUUGCUCUUAAAGCUAUUAACCCUCAAAAGAAGUUCUGAAGACUUUUAAAAUAAAAAACUGCGAACAUAUUUUAAAUAAAAAAUGUAUGGAAAAAUUCUAAAAACUUGAAGCGAUAAGAACUUCCACGCUUUUAAGCUUCGUAAAAGCUGCAAAGAACUUUAUGAAAGCUUUUUCGAAAGCUUGUUAGCAAUAGAAGUCUAGAAUUUGACAAAAAUUAUAGCGGUAGUUCUUCUUAUAAGCAUGUUACUGAAAAAAGUCGUGCUUUUUUUUUGCAAACUAUUCGCAAAGUAAAAUCUCUCAGCGGCACAAAAUCAAAUUUCGCGUUUCGGUUAUUCCCAACAACAGCCAUAAUUUAACCAGAAAAUCAAAUUUUCUACAUUUUUAACAAACUUAACACACACGUUCACACAGACAACAAUAAACACUCACACACAUAAGUAUGUAGUAUAUGACUUCUACUAAUUAUGCUAUGUACUAAGCAACACUUACUUCUCUAAGAAAAAAGCAGCAAAAACUAAGGAAUUCGUAAAUUUAGUUUUAGAAACAGUUACUUUCGUAUAGUUUUUUUCGCUUAAGUGAUAUGAAAAAUCUUCUAAUAUAUAUAAACUUUUAUGAUUUACCAAUAUUAACGAUACCCAAGCAAGCAUACUAUAGUUAAGACAAGCAGCAAGCGACUGCUUGGUGGUUACGUUGGCGUAUGAGUAACCGAGAGUGAGGCACUUAGCAGCAGCAGCUGAGUAUGUAGUAGUAGCUGAGUGGUGAACUUGAAGCAAGUGUCAAGCGUAUGACUUUUACUUUACGUUAAAUUUAGUGCUUAAGUUGAACUUGAUACUUUAUUUUAUAUAAAAAAAAAAUUGAGGAGAAGUAUAUGAAAAUAUUAUUUUAUUUUAUUUUAUUUGAAAAAUAUUUUUAUAACAAAAAAAAUGAGUUUGUCACAAAAAAGUAUGCAAUUAUUGUUUUUUUUUUAAUUUUGAAUUAUUAUUAGCAACUUUAAGUUUUAUUUUAACCAAACAACUUACAAUAAUGUAAUAUUUUUUUCACAGCAAAUUGUGAUUUAAUUACUUUUUCAUGCCUUAUUUUUAAUAAAUUUCCUACAAUUCUUAUUUAUUAACAAAAAAUAUUUUACAAACAAAAACAAAAAAAAAAUUUGCAAGUUUAAAGCGUGAAUAAAAAAAUAUAAAUGUACGCAUAUGUCUUCCCAAUUGUAAAUUA